UGAAGAGCAGAUCAGUCACUCGCCAGCGAUCGCGGUAGAAGGACGUCCAUUGUCUCUCGUGUAGAAUUUUUAGUUAUAAUUCGAAAUAAUGGCUCAACUCGACAAGAUUGCUGAUAAUAUUGUCAAGAAAGCUAAUACUAAGGAGGAUGUGAAGAUGAGCAGCUUCUGGGCAGAAGGAAGCUGCGUCCUCUUCUUCAUGCGGCGGUUCGGAUGAAUGUUCUGCCGUGUGGGAGCCAAAGAGCUUAGUCUCUUGGCCCCACAGCUCGCCCAGGCUGGUGUGAGGCUCAUCGGCAUUGGCCUGGAGGAAUUAGGGGUCGAGGAGUUCAUCGAGGGAAAGUUCUUCGAUGGAGAAUUAUAUAUCGACACAGAUAAGAAAAACUACAAAGCCCUUAAUUUCCGAAACCUCAGUGUUCUUGCCCUGAUUCCAGCCCUAGUAGCCAAAGUAGCCAGGGACACAGUACGAAAGGCCAAACAAUUGGGGAUAUCAGGAGACAUGAAGGGUGACAAAAUGCAGACUGGAGGAUUGCUUGUUGUAUCGCCUAAAGGCGAGAAAGUAUUGUAUGAGUUUAAACAAGAAAAUCCAGCUGACCAUGCAGAGAAUGCAGCAAUUUUAAAAGCCCUUGGCUUAGAAGCAGGGGAAGCAGCUGUUGGAGGAGACAAGAAAGAUAGCAUGAACGUGACAGACUUGGAGUGUGAAGAUGUGUGUGCUAUGCCAGCUAAGAAGUAAACAUGUGUGGGACUGCCAUGUACUCUCUGCAAUGUGUAUGACCGUUGCAACUGGUUUUCAAUUUUUUGUAAUGCAUGUCAGAAUGUUUACCACUUUGCUGAAUUCCAUAUUGAAAUAGGAGAUACUAAAUGUUAAAGACGUUUGAUAUAUCUUUCUGCCAACAAGGACUAUAGAAAUUCUUAGUUUAUGAUUUCAAAUAAUAUGCCUCUCCCUAAAAAAAAGAAAAAAAAAUCAUUAGUAUUUCACAAGUGCUCAUAUUCAUUCCAAAUUUAUAGGGGACAAAGAUCAACAAAACAUGUUGCACAUGUUUACUGUGCCUUUUAUAAUAAUGAAAAAAAUAUUUUUAUAGCAUGGUGCUGCUGAUAAGGAUAGUUUAUCAUUAGGUCAUUAAUCAAUGCUGGAUAUACUUUUUGAUAUGUAAAAAAAAAUUAUAUGCCCCUUUACUUUUGCAGCCUAAUAGAUUUUUUGAUAGUUUCAAGUCCACCAGAGAUUAGCCUCCAUAUAUAGUUAUCGAUGUCUUCUAAUGAACAAUUUGGAAAACUACUUAAGUGAGAUAUCAUGUGUUUUCAUGAUAAUGCACAAGAAUGAAUAGAUAGUGCCAUUUGAGGAUGUAGAAUGAUUGCUAGAAUCUUUGUCAUACAGUAACACUCAGGAACUAACAAUAUCUUUAUUAAAAUAUUAACACAUGGCAGAUCUCAUUAAUUUAAAUGUUUAGCUUGAUUACACUGUGUCACAAACUUUAUUAUCAUAAUAAUAAUUUCCUUUUUUUUUUACGUCAUGAAUAAUUGUAUGGGUGUAUUUUUUCUGUUCGAGAAGCAUAUUCUGCAUUUUAUACAUAUUUAUACUGGCUUUGAUGUAUGAAGUCUUGUGUAUAAAUGAAAUUUUCAGGACACAAGAUGGAUGUGUAGAAAGCCAUUGUUUAUAUGUGUGAAUUAAGCAUGGAAGAGCUUCUGGUUACGUGAUCCAAUGUUGCGCAUAAACAGAUGAAAAGA